AUGCUACUCUCAUCUAUUCUUUCAAUUGCUCUACUUUUCGUGCCAGCCUUGGCCACGCCAGUUGAAGCUGCCCAAGAUACCAUGGAUCUACCACAAGAAGCAAUAUUGGGAUUUUUAGAUCUUGGAAAGGAUGAAGAUGUUGCCAUUGUUCCAUUCUCGAACUCAACAUCGACGGGAUUAUUGUUCGUCAAUACCACAAUCGCAGAAAAUGCAGCAGCCGAAACUGACUUAGGUAAGAGGGAUGCUUGGCAUUGGAUUAGGUUGAGCAGAGGCGCUCCAAUCUUCAAAAGAGAAGCUGAAGCUGACGCUUGGCAUUGGAUUCGUUUGGGCAGAGGUGCUCCAAUCUUCAAAAGAGAAGCUGAAGCCGACGCUUGGCAUUGGAUUCGUUUGGGUAGGGGAGCACCAAUCUUUAAAAGAGAUGCCGAUGCUGAUGCCGAACCUUGGCAUUGGAUUCAAUUGGGCAAGGGUGCCCCAAUUUUUUGA